CGUGUCUCGGAAGUGACGCAAGGCCGUGGCCGGGCGGCCGCCGAAUGCCCGCUUCCUCUCCUGCAGUGGCUCCCUGUUGUAGGUGGUUGUGAGCACCGUGCACAGAGGGAGGCAGCCGUGGCGAAUGAUGCCUGGGAAACUCCUCUGGGGGGACAUUAUGGAGCUGGAGGCACCCUUGGAGGAGACCGAGAGCCAGAAGGAGGAGAGGCAAAAGAGUGAUAGAAUGAAGUCAAGGUACCAUUAUGACUCAGAUGAGAAAUCAGGAAUAAGAGAAAAUGGUGUUACAGAUGACCUGGAAGCUCCCAAGCCCAAAAAAACUAAAAUGAAAGAGAAGCUAAAUGGAGACACUGAAGAAGAGUGUACUAGACUUUCAGAUGAAUUUUCUAAAUCUCGUAAGUCAAGAAGAAAAGACCUGUCAAAUGGAGAUAUUGAUAAAUAUAAAGAAAAAUCAAAGCGACUGUCAUCCUUAGGUAGUUCUACUCAUAAAUCAAGUGAUAAUAAACCAGAGGAGACUGUAACUUGUGAACAGAAAGAAGGAGACUUCUCCAAUUUCCCUAUUUCUGAAGAGACUAUAAAGCUUCUGAAAGGUCGAGGGGUAACGUAUCUCUUUCCUAUUCAAGUUAAGACUUUUGGUCCUGUGUAUGAAGGAAAAGAUUUAAUUGCUCAAGCACGGACAGGAACAGGAAAGACAUUCUCUUUUGCCAUCCCCUUGAUUGAAAGACUCCAAAGAAAUCAAGAGACUAUUAAAAAAAGCCGCUCACCAAAGGUACUUGUUUUGGCUCCUACAAGGGAACUGGCAAACCAAGUAGCCAAAGACUUCAAAGAUUUAACUAGGAAACUCAGCGUGGCAUGUUUUUAUGGUGGAACAUCUUAUCAAAGCCAAAUCAGUCAUAUUCGAAAUGGCAUUGACAUCUUGGUUGGGACACCUGGUCGUAUCAAAGACCAUCUGCAGAGCGGCCGAUUAGAUCUUUCUAAACUGCGCCACGUUGUGCUUGAUGAAGUGGAUCAAAUGUUAGAUUUAGGUUUUGCUGAACAAGUUGAAGAUAUUAUCCAUAAAUCCUACAAAACUGAUUCUGAAGACAAUCCUCAGACUUUACUUUUUUCUGCAACUUGCCCACAGUGGGUAUACAAAGUUGCAAAAAAAUACAUGAAAUCCAGAUAUGAACAGGUUGACCUUGUUGGAAAAAUGACUCAAAAGGCUGCAACUACUGUGGAACAUUUGGCCAUCCAGUGCCAUUGGUCUCAGAGGCCAGCAGUCAUUGGAGAUGUCCUUCAAGUCUACAGUGGGUCUGAAGGGAGGGCUAUUAUUUUCUGUGAGACCAAAAAGAAUGUAACUGAAAUGGCCAUGAAUCCACACAUAAAACAGACAGCUCGAACUUGUAGUCUACCUUGCCUCGGAGCUCCUACUCACCUUCAGAUAUCAGUUCAGAGCCUCACUUUUCAGGGAAUUCUUCCUUGCCACAAAAAUGCCCAGUGUUUACAUGGGGACAUUGCACAGUCACAAAGGGAAAUUACACUGAAAGGCUUCAGAGAAGGUAGCUUUAAAGUUUUGGUGGCCACCAAUGUGGCUGCCCGUGGUUUGGACAUUCCUGAGGUUGACCUGGUGAUUCAAAGUUCUCCUCCACAGGAUGUUGAGUCCUACAUUCAUCGCUCUGGGCGCACAGGUAGAGCUGGUCGGACAGGGAUUUGCAUAUGUUUUUAUCAGCCAAGAGAAAGAGGCCAACUAAGAUAUGUGGAACAAAAAGCAGGAAUUACUUUUAAACGUGUAGGUGUUCCUUCUACAAUGGAUUUAGUUAAAUCUAAAAGCAUGGAUGCCAUCAGGUCUCUGGCUUCCGUUUCUUAUGAUGCUGUUGAUUUUUUCCGGCCAUCAGCUCAGAGACUGAUAGACGAGAAGGGGGCAGUGGAUGCCUUGGCUGCAGCAUUAGCCCACAUCUCUGGUGCAUCAAGUUUUGAACCACGAUCUUUGAUUACCUCUGAUAAGGGGUUUGUGACCAUGACUCUGGAGAGCCCAGAAGAAAUACAGAAUGUCAGCUGUGCUUGGAAAGAACUUAACAGGAAGCUGAGUAGUAAUGCUGUGACCCAGGUUACCAGAAUGUGCCUCCUAAAAGGAAAUACGGGUGUUUGCUUUGAUGUUCCCACAACCGAGUCUGAAAGGUUACAGGCAGAGUGGCAUGAUUCAGACUGGAUACUCUCAGUGCCCCCCAAGUUACCUGAAAUUGAAGAAUAUUAUGAUGGAAACACAUUUUCUAAUUCCAGACAGAGGAGUGGCUGGUCAAGUGGCUGGUCGGGCAGGUCGGGCCGGUCAGGUGGUCGAUUUGGUGGCCGGUCAGGUAGACAGAAUCGACAGGGCAGUCAGUCAGGAAGUCGACAAGACAGUAGAAGACGAAGUGGGAAUAGAAAUCGAUCAAGAAGUGGGGGACACAAACGGAGUUUUGACUGAGUAUUUGAUAGUUAAUCUACCAGUGUGAGCUUGCCUAUUUCUGCCUAAUCAUGUACAUUAGCCACCAAAACUUAGGUUAUCAUAGUUGAGAUAUGUGUUUGCUACUUGCAAAAAAGUCGGUCGUAUAUUUUUAAGAAGUAUUUCACAAGAACAGUUGUAAACAAAUCUCACGCACUUAUACCUUUGAAUAAAAAACUUCCUUUUAUUGUCUCUUUUCA